UGAUCCAGAGAGGAGAUCGAUUGAGUCCGCUAGCAGGUGGUGCUGUGCAUGUACAACAUGGAUGGUAUGCCUGGUGGAAUCUCCAAGGUGUCUGUCAGCAGAUGGUGCUGUGCAUAUGCAGCUGAUGAAAGAGAGCGCCUGGACUCAUCUCGUCCUGCACAUGCUCAGAAACGCUUCGCAUUUUGAUGACGUCAGAUGCCACAUCUUGCCCUUAGUGCCUACUGGACUACCUUCACCCCUGCCCAUUUGGAACUCAUCAAACAUACAUGAAUUGCCACACCAUGCACCUGUUAACCCUUUUGUAGGG